AUGGUGAGUGCUGUAGGUUCGUGCGUCUGUGCUCGACCCAUCCCACUCCAUCCGGGCUCUGGCCGCGCACUGGGGGCAAAGUUAGGCCCAGCAGUUGUGAAGGCCUCCUCCAGACCUCCGGGGACUCGGAUAUGGGGGUGGCGGAUAGGCCUGGGGUGGUUUGAGGACGGCCGAAGACUAACAAGGUCUGUCCGGGCCAGCGUGUCCCCGCCGAGUCCCCGUAGCCGCGCGUGCGGCCCUGUUGCGGGCUCGCCGUCGUGCGUCUCGGCGGUGUUCUCUUACCAGGAGCUCCACGUCUCCUGCGGGAACCUUCCCCCCGCGGAAGUGGAACAAAAGAAGAAGCGGACCUUCCGCAAGUUCACCUACCGCGGCGUGGACCUUGACCAGCUGCUGGACAUGUCCUAUGAGCAGCUUAUGCAGCUGUACAGCGCACGGCAGCGACGGCGGCUGAACCGCGGCCUGCGCCGGAAGCAGCAUUCGCUGUUGAAACGGCUGCGCAAAGCCAAGAAGGAGGCACCGCCCAUGGAGAAGCCGGAGGUGGUGAAGACGCACCUGCGCGACAUGAUCAUCCUGCCAGAGAUGGUGGGCAGCAUGGUGGGCGUGUACAACGGCAAGACUUUCAACCAGGUGGAGAUCAAGCCCGAGAUGAUCGGCCACUACCUGGGCGAGUUCUCCAUCACCUACAAGCCCGUCAAGCACGGCCGGCCUGGAAUCGGCGCCACCCACUCCUCCCGCUUCAUUCCCCUCAAAUAGCCCUGCAGCCAAUAAAG